AGCUGAUGCGAGAGUCUUGUGCACGGUUUAUAUAUACAGUAAAGAAGAGGCCUUGAGGGAUCACGGAAACACAGAGGGAAGAAAUCAAAGAGAGGGUCUUUUGUUUCAAAAGACAUAGAACCUCUCUUGAAAAUAAAGGUCGAGAUGGGAAACAAGAAACUUGCUGAAGAUAUUGCAAUAAUAGGAGGAUUGAUUGCUGUGCAAUUUGUAUUUGCAGGAUACAAUCUUGUGUUGAGUUCUCUUAUGUCUUCAGGCUUUAAUCCUGCCUCUCUUAUCAUCAUCUCUAGCUUCGCCACAUUCGUCGUUCUUUCUCCUCUUGCUUUUUUCAUUGAAAGGGACAAAUGGCCUAGGAGAUUCCAGUUAAAAUUAUUGCUCCAGUUGGUUAUUAUUUCGUUUGGCGGGGUGGCCGUGUUCCAGUCUUUGCUACUAAAAGGUAUAACGCUAACUUCCCCAACGAUGGCAACAGCUAUGCCAAAUCUUGCUCCCGGCCUCAUUUUUGUGAUCGCUUGGAUUUUUAGAUUAGAGAAAGUAGACUUAAGUUGCAUGUACAGCAGAGUGAAAAUAUUAGGAACAUUAAUGUGUGUGAUUGGUGCGGUUACUAUGAGCAUCUCGCAGAGUGCAGCAAGUCCAUACUUGGAAGAAGACACCGAUAUCUCUUCGCCUUCUCCAUCCACUACCAAUAUAUUUGAUAAAGAAAAAGUAGCCGGCUGCAUUUAUCUCAUGGCUGCAGUACUUGUUCUAUCAAGCAUGGUGGUGUUACAGGCCACAACGUUGAGUGACUUUCCAGCACCAUUAUCCUUCUGUGCAGUUACAUCUUUAAUAGGGGUUUUACUAACUGUAGCUGGAGAAUUGCUUAAAGCCGAUCAGAUCCUUGAAGAAUGGCCCUUGCUGAAUCUUAGAUCCACAGACUUGAUCGGUUAUUCUCUUCUGGCAGGCCUGAUUAGCGGAGCAUCUGUAAGCUUCAAUGCUUGGGCGAUGAACAAAAGAGGGCCAGUGAUGGUAUCUAUGUUUAGUCCAAUUAGUGCAAUAAUCUCAGUCAUACACUCAGUUAUCGUUGGAGAUCCCGUUACAUUUGGAAUUGGAAGCAUUAUAGGAAUGUCCCUCAUGAUCACCGGCCUCUACUUUGUGCUAUGGGCUAAAGGGGAGGAAAAUGUCGUUACUUUAUGCAGCCCUACGACAGCAACUGAGCCUCUGCUGUCUUAGCAUCUUAAAUUUGUAGUUGUUUAAUCUGUACAAAUUUGUAAUUAGUUAGACAAGGAAAAUAUGGAAGAUGAUUAGGCAGCACACAACCUUUGUACAGUAGGAAACACUAGCUGGAUAUACAUACUAUGCAUACUUUUAUACUGAGGUUUUAUGAUGUCUGAAACUGUCUUGAUGUGCCGUAGGCAUUUGUCACAAAUCUUAAAUGUCUCG